AUGCCCUAUUACCCCUGCUACUACCAGUCACCCCCUGCUACUACCAGUCACCCCCUGCUACUACCAGUCACCCCUGCUACUUCCAGUCACCCCCCCCUGCUACUUCCAGUCACCCCCUGCUACUUCCAGUCACCCCCUGCUACUUCCAGUCACCCCUGCUACUACCAGUCACCCCCUGCCACUACCAGCCUACUACUUUUGUGUCGUUACACCGACCCAGAGCGUUACCCCGACCCAGAGCGUUACCCCGACCCAGAGCGUUACCCAGAGCGUUACCCCGACCCAGAGCGUUACCCCGACCCAGAGCGUUACCCAGACCCAGAGCGUUACCCAGACCCAGAGCGUUACCCCGGCCCAGAGCGUUACCCAGAGCGUUACCCCGACCCAGAGCGUUACCCAGAGCGUUACCCCGACCCAGAGCGUUACCCCGACCCAGAGCGUUACCCCGACCCAGAGCGUUACCCCGACCCAGAGCGUUACCCCGACCCAGAGCGUUACCCCAACCCAGAGCGUUACCCCGACCCAGAGCGUUACCCAGACCCAGAGCGUUACCCAGACCCAGAGCGUUACCCAGAGCGUUACCCCGACCCAGAGCGUUACCCUGACCCAGAGCGUUACCCAGACCCAGAGCGUUACCCAGAGCGUUACCCCGACCCAGAGCAGCGUUACCCCGACCCAGAGCGUUACCCCGACCCAGAGCGUUACCCCGACCCAGAGCGUUACCCCGACCCAGAGCGUUACCCCGACCCAGAGCGUUACCCCGACCCAGAGCGUUACCCCGACCCAGAGCGUUACCCAGACCCAGAGCGUUACCCAGACCCAGAGCGUUACCCAGAGAGCGUUACCCCGACCCAGAGCGUUACCCUGACCCAGAGCGUUACCCAGACCCAGAGCCGUUACCCCGACCCAGAGCGUUACCCCGACCCAGAGCGUUACCCAGACCCAGAGCGUUACCCAGACCCAGAGCGUUACCCCGACCCAGAGCGUUACCCCGACCCAGAGCGUUACCCCGACCCAGAGCGUUACCCCGUUACCCCGACCCAGAGCCCCCGACCCAGAGCGUUACCCCCAGAGCGUUACCCCGACCCAGAGCGUUACCCCGACCCAGAGCGUUACCCCGACCCAGAGCGUUACGCAGACCCAGAGCGUUACCCAGACCCAGAGCGUUACCCAGAGCGUUACCCCGACCCAGAGCGUUACCCUGACCCAGAGCGUUACCCAGACCCAGAGCGUUACCCAGAGCGUUACCCCGAGAGCGUUACCCUGACCCAGAGCGUUACCCCGACCCAGAGCGUUACCCCGACCCAGAGCGUUACCCAGACCCAGAGCGUUACCCAGACCCAGAGCGUUACCCCGACCCAGAGCGUUACCCCGACCCAGAGCGUUACCCCGACCCAGAGCGUUACCCCGACCCAGAGCGUUACCCCCGACCCAGAGCGUUACCCUGACCCAGAGCGUUACCCAGACCCAGAGCGUUACCCAGAGCGUUACCCCGACCCAGAGCGUUACCCAGACCCAGAGCGUUACCCAGACCCAGAGCGUUACCCCGACCCAGAGCGUUACCCCGACCCAGAGCAGCGUUACCCAGACCCAGAGCGUUACCCUGACCCAGAGCGUUACCUUGACCCAGAGCGUUACCCUGACCCAGAGCGUUACCCAGAGCGUUACCCAGACCCAGAGCGUUACCUUGACCCAGAGCGUUACCCUGACCCAGAGCGUUACCUUGACCCAGAGCGUUACCUUGACCCAGAGCGUUACCCCGACCCAGAGCGUUACCCCGACCCAGAGCGUUACCCCGACCCAGAGCGUUACCCCGACCCAGAGCGUUACCCAGACCCAGAGCGUUACCCCGACCCAGAGCGUUACCCUGACCCAGAGCGUUACCUUGACCCAGUGCAGAGCAUUUUUUGUUGA